AUGUAUCGGAAGUUGUCUAAGUUAGAACACUCGGAAAUAAAACAACUUCUUACAGAAGCUAAUAUAGAUGUUGCAAAACAUUACACAACAAACAAAAAAGCACUCGCUGACAUCCUCAAUGACUAUAAUGGUGCAAUAAGUUAUGAUAGAAUUCAUGAGUUCAUAAAGCCGCAACGCGGCGAGGACGAAGUUCAUGCAAUAGCAUUUCCUUUAAAUGACAUUGCUAUUGACUUAUAUCAUAGACGUUCAGUACCUCAUGAAGUAAGAAGAGAAAUGUUUGACAUAACAAAUGCAAACGUUGGUGAAACAAGAAGAAGAGACGACACACUGAAACAACAGAGAAGAGAGAUGUUUAAAAGUGCUAUAGAACAAGUUCGUAAAGCUAACGAUGUCAUUCGUUCCAUUGACGACAAACCAAAAGAAGGUGAGAGAUGGUUAAAGAAAGAUGAAGAGAAUAGGAAGAGAAAUGUGAAGUCAGGCAAUAGACUCAUUGACUUUAACAUCGAAGCUUUAGAUGAACCAAACAGAGACUACUUACACAAACAUUUCGGUAAGGUUUUCAUGAGACUCUUAGAGAAGAUUAAAAUAAACUCCCAACAAAGAUGGAUGGUAUGUUAUAAACUUGGUGGAAAGUAUGAAUUUUCUACGUUAAACCUCAAUAAUAUUGGAACAUUACUACAUCAGCUCUUGAAGGAGAACUUUAUAUCAGAGAUAGAAGCAAAUGCUGCAG